AUGACACGGAAGGGCCAGCCAAAGGUUCGGACUGGCUGUUUGACCUGCAAGUCACGCAAGGUAAAGUGCGAUGAAGCAAAACCGGCAUGCGCGCGCUGCACCAGCACCGGCCGCAAAUGCGAAGGCUACGCCGUCGUCGUCCCCAGCAAUAGGGCCAUUGCCCGCGCCCGCUCACGAACCACGAGGCUGAGAGAUGCGCUCGCGCAGGCCAGGGCGGGCUGGGAAUUCGAAUCGGACCAGGCCACCGUGGAGUACUUUGCUCGGGACGUGGCGCCCAAUCUGCCGCAGAACUUUGAGAAUAAGUUCUGGUCCGACCUUGUGCCGCGCCUGAGUAAGUCGGAGCCCGCCGUGAUGCAUGCCAUGGCUGCCAUUGGCAAUCUUUUCCCGCAGCGAGGACCACCGAGUAACUCGAUCCAAGGAGCGACGGCGACGGCGACAACAGCGAUAACGAGUACCGAUAGAGGGGGCGGGAAUCCGCAGGCCGACGAGCAUUAUGGCAAGGCGUUGCGCAGGUCCUUUGGAUCACCCAGCAACCGUUCAUCCCCGAGCCUGUCCUCCGUCGGACCGUCAUCAGCCAUCCAAUCCCCAGCAGCUCUCACGCCAGGUAUCUCGAGCAUACCAGAGCUCGCAGAACCAGACCGGCAAGACAUCCUCACGCCGACGAACCCCUUCACAUCACCCCAAAGCCAAGCCGGCGGCGACGAUCCCGACGAUGACAUGACGCAACCAAACGAUGUGGACGUCGUCCUCUCUUGCUGCAUCCUCUUCAUCGCCACAGAAUUCCUUCGCAAGAGCUUCGACGCCGCCAUGCAGCACCUCGCUAGCGGCAUCAACAUCCUCAACAACGUAGACUAUGACGAGCUGGAGCAAGACACGCUCGACGAAAUCGUGCCCAAAUUCCACCGGCUCAGCAUCAUCCAGCUAUGCUACUACGACAAACCGGGCUUCCCCUCGCUCAACCUCCAACACGGCGGCGGCACCGGCGGCGGAGGAGGAGCAAGUCUCGGGGGAUUGGGAUCCAGGUACAACCUGGGCCCCUUUGACAAGAGCAACAGCAUCUACCUCCCCAAACGCGCCGUCGACCCGAUCCUCCUCGACGCCAUACGCUACAUCCGCUCCGCGGACCCCGGAUCGCAGACCGACUCCCGCCUAGCCUCAAAGGGCCCCGUCAUGUCCGAAGAACAAAAACACAUCUGCGCCUCGCUCGACAGGUGGCACGCCGCCUUCCUCGCCUUUGUCGAGUUCCCCCGCAGAGACGCCGACGGCGACCAGCCGCUGCCGAAACACCAGGGGCUCAUCUGCGCCGAGACGGAGAUGAAAUACCAGGCGGCCAAGAUCUGCAUCAGCGUCUGCCGGUCCCACGACGAGUCUGUGUACGACUGCUUCAAGGAGAACUUUGCGCGCAUCGUCGUGCUCGCAAGGUUGAUUCUCGACAGCUGUCCCGACGCUUCGCCCGAGACGCCGGACGAUUUUACAUUCGACUUCAAACCGAGUUUCCUCCCCCUUAUCGAGUUCGUGAUUGUCAAGUGCCGCUGGCUCGAUAUCCGGUACCAGGCGUGGCUCAUCGCCUGGGAACUCGCAAUGGGGCGGCGGGAGCCCGUGACGCUGGGGGAGGGACAUAAUCUGCACUACAUCGGCAAGCGGAUGAUUGAGCGGGAACACAACGUCAGCAUCGAGGAAGUGACGCGGCAGAACGCCAGCCUGUUUUCGUUGCCGGCCGAGGAGAUGCGCGUCAAGGACUACCUCACCGAUGCCCGGUUUGCUGAUUUGGUCCAGACGAACGAUAAAAAGGAUAAAUCGUCGUCCGCCGCCGCGGUACAGGUCCCGUACACCCAACAUCUGCUGCUCCGCUGCGGCAGCUGUGAGUUGGAUCAGCUCGCCGGUUGGAUGGAGGGCUAUGAAUUUUCGGGGAGGGAGCAGUGA